UCGUCGAGCGUAUUUAAAGGAUAAAGAAAAAAAAAACGAUCCCUCUUGUACGAGACGCUUCGGUACUUGUCGGGCAGUCGCCGACAGACAACGUCCCCUCAAAGCCACGCGUCGUCUGCUCCACGUCGUCUGCCUCUUCUUGGCGUGCGGCCAUCUAAAGCGCCCGGGACCGCUUAUAAUUUAACGUAAGACACGAAUACGAAACGAUGCUGUCCAGCUCCUCCAAGUCCCCGCUGGCGUUUGAAAGCGGGCUACCACUGCUCGUUUUUCUCCUCCUGCUAUUUUACACGGUGCAUCGAUGCGGAGCUCAGCAGCCACAGACUCAGCGGGUCACCACAAACUAUGGCGACGUCACUGGAAGUCUGAUGCAGGCUCCCGCGCCGGGCUUGGUGACUCAAGUGCCAGUGUACGCUUUCAAGGGGAUACGCUACGCCAAGCCACCCGUCGGUCGCCGAAGGUUUGAGCGCCCCGAACCGCUGGACCAGCGCUCCUCGUUCAACGAGAAUCUACAAGUGUACGAGAAUUCACGUUGCCUGCAAUGGACGAGCUUCCCGUCGGAGCGUAUUGUCGGGGACGAGGACUGCCUGUACCUGGACAUCUACGUGCCCGCCACGUAUUUCGCCACUCCUGCCACAAAGCUUGCAGUUGUGGUUUUUCUUCCGGGGCCCGACUUCAAAAGCGGUGGCAAAGACGAAAUCAAACCAGGCUACGACUUUGGAUCAAGAAACAUCUUCGUGGUCGUCAACUACAGACUCGGUGUUUUCGGUUUCCUGAGCACAGAAGACGAGAACGGGAAGGGAAACAUGGGACUCUGGGAUCAGCAAAUGGCGUUGCGGUUUGUCAAGUCCAACAUCGCUGCCUUCGGAGGGAUCCCGGAGAAGGUGACACUCAUGGGCUUUGGCGCCGGAGCAAUGUCCGUGUCGUUCCACAUUCUCAAUGCUGCGUCGUCGGCUCUGUUUUCUCGGGCCAUAAUGUCGGGUGGCUCGGCCGCCAGCCCGGAAGCGACGAUCACCAACGCGUGGAGGAACACCCGUCAAUUGGGACGCGCCGUGGGCUGCGGCCAGGAGGACGGCGCAUCGCUCAUCGCCUGUCUCAGGGCCAUCGACGCCGUCAAGCUCGUCGACAAGGCGCAUCACGAACAGAUAAGAUUUUGGCCUAUCGUGGACGCGAACGUCACUAAGAAUGCGUUCCUGCCAAACUACCCCCGGAUGAUGUUCUGCCAAGGUCGGUUCACGCCGAAGCCAACGAUAUACGGAUACACGAAGAACGCCGGAUCGCUUCGCUACUUUGAGAGGAUAAACCGAGUGGAGAAUCCAAAAAGCGUCGACCACAUAGUGCAAACUUACCUGAACGAAUUCUUCGACGAUGAGGACUCACGUGUUGGCGUCACGGCAGCCGUGAGGUUCCAGUAUUACAGGCCACGCAGCAAUCUUUCCAACGCCACGCGGAACGCGAUCAGUACCAUCAACAUGCUCACGGACUUUCUUGUUGGUGCUCCCAUCGAAAUGGCUCUGUCGGGUCACCUGCGGCUUCUACAGAGUACCUCGUAUACGUCUCCAAACCCUGCUUUCUUGUACAUAUUCGGAAUACCUAAUGCUCCAAGGACUUUCGCUAACCUCCAGAUGGGCUCCAGAGAGCUUUACGGGGCGACAUACAUGGACGACAUGCUCUACACAGUCAACACUGAAGGGUUGGCGCUGACGACGGAUACCGUGCGGGACCCUCUCAUUGUUGGCUACAUGACUACUUUCUUCAUGGCUUUCAUCAACGGACAGGCCCCCGGUGGAAUUCUGCAGCCCAUCAACCCUGCUUUGCGCCAGUACACCAACAUGUCGCUGACGUACCCUGGAGGCCUGUCCGACAGCGUGCCGUACCGUCCUCAGGAGAUGGACUUCUGGAACUACUUCGUGCCCGACCUGCACCUGGAGCUGAACCGCACCAGUUGGGCAUCGUACCACAACGCGCGCGAGGCGACCCACUUCAAGGCGGCCACCUGGGGAACCACCACGCUCGUCGUGCUGCUGGUGCUCAUCAUCGUCGGGCUGCUGGCAGCUUUCUUCGUCUACCGGAGACAGAAGCAGAGGUCGAGGAAGCUCAACUCUCGAGAGGGCGUCGAGUUUCGACCUGUGACGCAGGACGUGAAAUUGUAGGGCCGCGGUUACCACUGUUCUCCGGCCGACGUACGUGGCUGCCCGACGAAAUACUAAAGAGAAACAUGCGUGCAAUGAAAUACUGUGGGGCAGGAGCGAAAUUCCAACGAAAUGGCCAGAGUGCCUCGACUAAGGCAAUGCGUCGGCACCCAACUACCCUCACAGCUACUUUACCACCCUCAUCUUUCAUACUUUCUUUUCAUACGAAGAAGUGAGCUCGUUUUCGCAAAGCCGUCGCCUUGGCUAUUCACAGUCGAUGCAUUUAGCGACUUACGCUGUUUUCAUAGUCGUGCUUAGCACACUUCACUGCCGUUCAGAGGCGGCACUCAGGCGCCCAGACCAUAAGCGUAACGCCUGUGGGGCGCCGGUUUGAGAUUGCUGGAACAUUACCAUUUUUUUAAAUAGUAUCUGUCUCGCACGCCAGCUUCGUCGAAAGUGUGACGGCUAACAGUUAAUGCCACGAUCGCCCUACUUCCAAUCGGUCAAAUGUCAUGCAAUUUUGCUGCGUGACUUUUUUCCCGCCUGAGUGGCGUAACGUGACGCCAUCGCGCAGAAGGGCUGUGUUAGCGUCACACCUCGUCGGCCUGCACCUGACCCAGUCUUUUAUGUAGACGUUGUCCGACGACCAUGUUAUAAAUUUACGUCUUCCCAUAUCAUCCUGUGCCCGCACAACAGACUGUUCCGCAGACAGUAGUUCCGUAGAUCGGCCGACUUCGAAGAGCAUCCGUACGACGGCCCUGGCGAGCAGACAGCGGAGCUGGACACAUAUUUUUAUUACCUACCCCACACUCUUCGCGAAUGCUAGCGGUAGACUGGUUUGAGAGUAGCGUCUACAUGGAUGUCGCUAAGAAAGGGCUGUUGACAGCGAUGUAUGUUGUUUUGUCCAAAUUGGAUGAUGAUGAGUAUUCGUCUCCUCAAAAAUGGUCUUUCUGGCAACGCAACAGCACCUGUUGCCAGACUUACAAGGAAUUCUAGGACAAAUUAGCGGAGUUUGACUGCUGAUAUCCGCAUGUCAGGCAUGCCUCAGCAUUUUCCGUCCGCGUACGUCGUGGACUAGAUGCUGCCAACAGCAAUCAGUGACGUGUAGUCAAAUGGUACUCCAUCCGGCACGGAAAUCAAGACUUCUCCCGUCGUGUGGAUGGGAUACUAAUCCUCGUUGCAAAAGUUGUUACACUUUCGAUGUGUUGAAAGAAGCUGGUAACGUCAUCUACCUGGCUGUAUUUCUGUGUCAUACUUUCUUUCUUUGAAUAAUGAUUGAAUCAAUCGAAACAAUAUCUAGUCAUCCUCGAUGUCAUCAUUCGUCGGUAGGUUGUGUUGAUGCUUUGUGGCGAAAUAUAUGAUUACCGCUUGUUUACGAUUGUCCCUAAUGAAGCCUUUCUGUAGAGGUCGUGUUAGAGCUAGCAGUUUUUAUUGCAAACGUCGAAGCGUUAGUGAGGAGUGAUAAGAGUUUGUUGUUUAACGAGUGCCUUUGGCUGAAUUACCGGCUCUCAUAGCUAGUUAUCAUAUUUUUGCAUUCGAACUUUUGUUCAAAUCCACCUGUGUGCCAGCUCUGAGAGCCAGCAUAAAUUUUCGCCGAUUCAUUACAAUGUUGUUGGAACUAUAGGCUGCCGUCCGUGUUUUUACGUCGAUCAUGUGUGUCCUCUUUUGAAAAAUAUGUUUUGCUGUCAUCAAGCACAUUUCGUUUAUGUAUUAUAAGUGUUCUUGGUAGUGCUAAUCUUCAUGCUAUUUUCCCCACGUUCAAGGUUUCGCUGAACAUAGUAUUUAUAUCAUUUUACUUGUAUAUGACAUACAGCCGUGUCACUUAUAGCACUCACAAAUUUAAUGACAUGGAAUUCGCACUUGCGCACAAGAGGGAGCUUCAGCGCAGAAGCUUCUUCCUGUAUAAGUGUUAAAAUUAAAUUAUGGGGUUUUACGUGCCAAAACCACUUUCUGAUUAUGAGGCACGCCGUAGUGGAGGACUCCGGAAAUUUCGACCACCUGGGGUUCUUUAACGUGCACCUAAAUCUAAGCACACGGGUGUUUUCGCAUUUCGCCCCCAUCGAAAUGCGGCCGCCGUGGCCGGGAUUCGUCCUGUAUAAGUGUAAAUGAAGAAAGCAAGCCACAUUUUAAUGUUUGUUACACAUGAAAGAGAAAAUCAGAAUCGACUGACUGCUGGGAGCAAAUGCUUAAUUUUAGGUUUCCAACUUGCAAAAGUUUAUGGUGGUGAAAGAAAAAACUCUAAAAAGAUGCCCUGUAAACUUUUAAUUCUAUUGAUUCGGGAGGAAUCAAAAACUACAUUAGUGAACAGUAUCAGUUAGGAUUUCAAAAGUGGAUAAUAUAUACCUUUGAUCGCACUGAAACGUGUCAAUAAUUUUUGGCACGAAUUUCCCGAAGCCCAUGUAAGCAUGAUAUCGAUUUCAUGUAAGCUGUUUACUAAUAUAUUUUAUUUACUUGGUUCAGUCAAUAGGCGCAGCUUGUAGAAAUGUGAUAGUAUCUAUAUACCUAUCGCACUUAGCGAAGUGCUAUAGUUGUAAACUUGCUUCUGAAAUUCUAAUUUAUCAAUUUUUGUCAAGCUUCUUGCGAAAUGUCGAUGCCUUCAAUCAAAUCAAUGCUUCCGACAGUCGGUUAGUUUAGCUUUAUCUCCAAAAUAAUUGAAAACAUCUGCUCAGCGGCUGCACAAGAUAGAAUUUCUGAAUUUGAAAUGAAGACGUCGAAUGUGAUUUCGACCCCUAGCUGUUGCUUUCUCUUGAAUCCAACGAUGUGCUUCUUCUGAACUUUCAGGAUCGACAGUCGAAUGUUAUUGUCGUCGAUUUAUUCAAUAAAAGGCCUCUCACAGGGUUGGGAAAUUGUGGCACAUACACGUGAGGCGUAGAUCACGCGAUGCAGAUUGUGUGUGCACAUUUAUUACAGCAACGCAUGCCACCGAAAGCAACUGCAAAUUCAACCAAAGAGAACACAUCUUCUCGAGUCGGCUACUUGGCCUUCCUACGAAGUGACGUCGUACGUGUGGCCUUUCGGGCCACAUCUACGGCGUCUCCACUGCACAAAUAACCAGCGGCAGCAGCACGAACUCGGGGAUUCCUGCUAAUGCUCCACGUGAAAAAAGAAAAAAAGAAAACACAAGGGAGAGAAAACAAAGAAAGCGGAGGCCAUGGAGUUUACGUGAAACAGAGGUCGCCGCGUAAAAAAAAAGGAAAAAAAAGAAGCUGAGGUGUACUUUUGGCUGCGAUGCGGGAAAAGGCAGCUAUAGGAAAACAGCUUCGCUUGCGGUUUCUCGGGCAACGCAAUGGGAGAGAGUAUCGUGGAGAGGGUAAUUCGCGUUCUCGCCUCAUUGCUUUACUACAUUUAGUUUGCUUUCAUCUCGCCUACUAAUGAAUCAUUUUCCAAAAUCUUUUGCAGCAUGACGCUCUCUAUAGGGUGGUACAACUUCUAACGUACAAUCGAAAUUUCCGGUGGCGCCUGGUGAGGGGCUUUUGAAAGAAUGGAAGCUGAAAGCUUCAUGGUUUGUUUUAGAAUUUUUGCCCGUUGUCUUAGACAGACCCAGAAUACCUACUGUGAUUACAUUCUCUACAGUCUAUGGCAUAUAGUUUCGGCCAGGUCCAGCGUUUCUAUGACCUAAUACGAGUAUUCCCAAACGACAGCCAUUAUUUUUGUGUGUGCGCGCGUUCAUGAUCGUAACGUCGUCCCAGAGCAAUGCUUAAUUAAUUCUGCUCCGGUUCCCAAUUGGCGGAUGCUAAUCUAAAUUUAAAUCCCUGCCAGCUUUGCUCUAUUAUGGCGUGUCUGCUCUUUUCUACUGAAAGUGAAGAGGGGAUUGGCGGCUGGACCGCUCGCAUCGUCUUCAUAAUAACCUGUAAUCCUUGUGUAAGGUAUUGCUUUCUUUUUCCUGCAGCGAAUAAUAAAGCGGUGUCAGAUAUAACAAA